CACUUAACCUAACCUAUAUCAUCAUUUCAGACACGCCAAGUACUCGUGUUUACCUUCCUCACCCUCACCAGCCUCACCGCCACCACCACAGCCUUCGAUCCUUACCAGCCGGGGCCCCACAACACCACUCACAUCUACAUCAGCGCCUCAGACAACCCUGGCCUGGAGGAGGAGAUCGAUUUGUGGGUUCCUACUGACAUUGGCUUGUACCCCGUUUUCUUUUUCCUGAGUGGCUUAGGUGGCAUUAUUCCACCCAUUGCUUAUAAUGAGAUGUUCCACCACAUGGCGUCACACGGGGUGGCUGUGGUGGGCCCUUGGAGUUUCUCCCUCCCUGUAAACCCCGUGGACAAGGUGCCGUACCUCGAGGGUGUGAUAAAUUGGGCUAAGGUUAAUCUUCAUAAACAACUACACAUCAACGGGGUGUCAGUAGGCGUGGUGUUGAAUCUGGCAAACUAUAUCUUAGGCGGGCAUUCAUCAGGGGCACACGUACAAGUGGAAUACCUGAAGAAGUCCUGCGGCGACGUGUCAGGACAGGUGUGGCUGAGUCCCGUGGAUGGGAUGGACCCGGCUGGUCUUCUCCCGAUCUUCUGCAUUGAACCUGGCAAAUAUCUUAACUACGGCUUGCCAACCCUUCACCUCGCUGCUGGCUACGACACGGUGCCUGGAGCAUCAGGGUUUGCAUGCGCGCCAGGUGAACUCAGUAAUUUAAGGUUCUACGAUGCGCUACACCCAGAAAUAGCAUCUAAAUGGUUCAUUAACGCGACUCGGUUUGCCCACGCUGACCUGCUGGACCAGAUGUUCAUUGAGACUGUGGAGGCUACCCAGUUCUGCGGCUACAAUUCUGAACUGACUGACGAGGAGCAUGGAGUGUACAGACGCUAUGCUGCUGGACAGAUUGUAUCGUUUGUGAAAGCCCUGUACACAAUAGACGAGGAAAAAUGCAGUUCUUACAUGGCCUAUCUAGAAGACCCUACCUUAAUGACUGUACAGGUGGAGGCGCAGCACAGCAACCUGAAGGGCACCUGUCCCAAGGCGUCCUGCUCCUGGUUCCAUCCUUGAUAAUAAUUCACCAAAAACGCUUCUGUGAUUUUGGAGUGCAAGGACUGGUGCAGGAAGCCAUCAGCUAUACAUGUGGCAGGCUCUGUCUAAAAAAAAUAUUUCUAUCUGUU